AAAAAUUCGCACCGGAUUUAGUUUGUGCGUAACAUGGGACGAGUUCAUCAUCUUCGUGUGGUUCCUUGUGUUAUUUAUUUCUUAUUUCUACUGAACUCUCAAAAUGCACAGAAAGAACCAAGCUGCGGCCGCGCAAAAAGUUGUAGUGAAUGCAUGGGGAUACGUCCGGCCUGUUCGUGGUGUAGUGCUGAUGAAUUUGAUGAUACGAAAGAAGGUCCAGGGUUCCGAUGUGCUCCAUCUUCAGUCUUAUUGGCUCGUGGAUGUCCACAAAGUAGUAUAGAGGACGUGGAAUCUGUGUUCUUAGAUCAUGGAGUUCCUCUUGAUCAAGUCAGUUUAGCCGAAGAUAUACAACUUACUCCACGAUCACAAUCAAUAAAGGUCAGACCUGGAGGGACUAUGAUGGUCAAUUUCACAUUCCAGUCUAUUUCGGAUUACCCCGUUGACCUUUAUUUUUUGACAGAUCUCAGUUAUACAAUGAUUGAUGACUUGGAAACAGUUUCUCGUUUGACUAACGAUAUCGUGUUAACUAUGCGUAAUGUAACAAAAAAGUUGCAGAUGGGAUUCGGUGCCUUUGUAGACAAACCAGUGUUUCCCUUUGUUGUGCCGACUCCAGAAUACCUUCGAAAUCCAUGUUUGAAUGUUGGUACUAAAAAUCUCCAUUGCGAUCCUCCAUUCUUGUACAAACACAUUUUGUCACUAACCGAUAAUUUUGAGGAGUUCCGCGAAAAAACAAAAGUAGCACGUCCUUCAGGUAAUCUGGAUAGUCCAGAGGGUGGUAUGGACGCAUUACUUCAGGUUGCCCGAUGCAGUGAAGCUAUUGGAUGGCGUGCUGGUGCCCGUAAAAUUGUGCUAUUUGCUUCUGAUGGUGGAUUUCAUUUGGCUGGUGAUGGUCGAAUAGCCGGAUUAAUAUUGCCUCCUCCAACUACUUGUCAAUUAACUUAUCAGGCUGAUCGAUUCAAUUCUUCACUUAAGUACCUCGGCUGGCAUAAUUCUGAUCAAACUGAUUAUCCUAGCGUUGGAGAGAUUGCUCAAGUUCUAACUGAAGCUGACAUCAGCGUGAUUUUUGCAGUUGAUAGUAAAUUACACGGUUUGUAUACUAAAUUGGCUGAAUUCUUGCCAAGCGCAGCUGUUGGCAUCCUAACUGAUAGUUCAACCAACAUUGUUCGCUUAUUACGUGAUAAUUAUGAUAAAAUUGUUAACAAAGCUGAGCUAAUGGCUACUUAUGAUGCAGAUUAUCUGGAAGUUCAAGUAUUUUCCAAGUGUAAUGAUGAAAAUGAAUUCUCAAAGAAAACAGUAUGCAAUGAUCAUCCAGUUGGUGGUAAAAUAGGUUAUCAAAUAUCUAUCAAAGCUAAACGAUGUUUUGAAGGUGUUAAAAAAGUCACUUUAAAAAUGGUAGCAUUAGAAGAUCAAGCUGUACUUGGUGUUCAGACAGCUUGUUCUUGUCCUAGCUGCGAGAAAAUGCCAAUGCCCAAUUCUUUAACUCCUUUCUCUGCAAGAUGUCAAUUACGUGGACAUUUACAUUGUGGUGAGUGUAAAUGUCAAUCUGGGUACUCUGGUGACUUUUGUGAAUGUUCUGCUGAGGCUAGUGCUGAAGGGGAUGCUGCUAUGCUAGCACAAUGUACUGAAUAUGGAGUUAAAGAGCCUUGCUCAGGUCGUGGUCGUUGUGUAUGUGGAAAGUGUAAAUGUAAUCUAGCACGUUAUGAAGGUACUUUUUGUGAAUGUGAUCGACAUGGAUGUAAACGUGCUUCAGAUGAUAAUCAAGUUUGUGGAGGACCACAACGUGGGACUUGUCAAUGUAAUGGCACCUGUGAAUGCAGGCCAGGUUAUACUGGAGAUCGCUGUGAUUGUAUGGAAAGCGAGAAACAAUGUAUUGAUCCAAACAAUCCAUCAGGCCCUAAAUGUUCUGGUCGUGGUGUAUGUGACUGUGGUCAGUGCUUCUGUAACAGUGGUUAUACUGGUCAUUUAUGCAAUGAAAUUCAAGGUGGUGAAUCUGCUUUAUGUACAGAUCGUGAUGUAGAAAAGUGUGUUCUAUGUUUACGUGAUUCAUUGGUGAAAAGUUUUGAUAUGGAUGAAAAGUUGAAAAAUGAUGAGAUCACAAAAACAGACAGUGAAUCAGAGGAUGAAUCAUUGAAAUUCAAUCAAAGACAACCUAUGUCAACGAUUUAUUCAUCAAAAGAGUAUGCAUUAGCUGCUACACAAUGCGAGUCUUCAUGUAAUGGAACUGUUGUAGAUACGAGUCGAGUGAAACUAGUUGAAGUUAGUGAAAAAAAAGAUGAUUCAAAUCUUUGCAUUAUUUACACGGAAGAUAAUUGUCGAGUAUUCUUCACCUAUCGUUACUCUGAUGCAAUCUAUGUUAAUCGUAAAGUUGAUUUAAAUAUUAUCCGAAAAAGUGAAUGUACAAAAACAAUCAAUAUUCUUUACAUUGUUCUCGGUGUCAUUGCAGCUAUUGUACUUGGUGGAUUAAUACUUUUAUUAAUUUAUAAACUAGUCAUUACAAUUGAUGAUCGUCGUGAAUUGGCCAAUUUUAAACAACAAGGUGAAAAUAUGCGUUGGGAAAUGGCUGAAAAUCCUAUUUUCGAAUCACCAACAACUAAUGUUUUAAAUCCAACUUUUGAAGAAAACGGAUAUUGAUCAAACAUUGAUAAGAAAGAGAGAGAGAGGAUAUCAGCAAAUGUGGAAUAAUUCUUUCAUUUGAUGAUAAAUAAAAGUUGUAAUCUCCUCUGUUUUUUCCUCUCUCUUCACUUUUGCAUAUUUUAUAUGCAUAUAUCUAAGCGGUCCUAAUAUAUGAUGUAUAUCUCUAAGCGCUUGUUAUAUAUACCUUUUAUACCAAAAUAAUAUAACACAAAUAUACAAUUGUCUUUGUGCCUUAUGGUUAAUAUUAUUAUUUGAAACAUAAACUUCAUGACAGGAAGACUUAAUUACACAGCUGUGUUAAUAAUGUCUAUUGUCAACUAAUCACCACUACAAUGUUUUUUUUUCUGCUUUAUAUCAUCGUUACAGCUUUUUAUUCUCAUGAAUGAAUUGUGCAUGCAUUUUUGUUUAUUAUUAGUUGUUUUAUUUUGUUUUUCUCUCUUUCUCUUCUUUUUUUUAUAAGUAACUAAUAUUACUACUUUUAUAUUGUAAUUAUAUACAAUUGUGUUACUAAACAAUGAUUUAUAACACUGAAUGUAAUGAUAAAAAAAUGGGGAGGGGGUCUAGGUUGAGUAUUUUUUUUUUGCCCAAAAAAAACGAAAACAAUCUAACCGUACAUUGUUUAUUUAGUUCAAUUUUUUCGGGAAUUUUUUUAUACGGUGUUAUUUUAUGUUUAUGCUGUUAUGUAAACAAUGCACAAAUAAUGUGUAUUUAUUUUAUUGUAUUUGCUAGAUAAAUUGCUUCAGACUUAUUAAUUAAAAUAUUAUAAGUUGAUUAAUUUUUCUAGUAUUUUAUCUUAAUUUAUAUGAUUGUAUGUAUGUGUAUGAGAAUGAUAAUAUAAAUUUAUCAGUAUAGGGUUGUGGAGAUUAUUAGGUUAUUGAUUGAGAUCAUGAACCGAUUGAUGUUAGACCACUAUUGGAAACCUGGAAGCAUUGGGCUGCCGUUUCGUCUUAGUAUGGGACUCCUCAGCAGUGCCCAGCCACAAUCCCGCUCGCGGGAUUCGAACCUAGGGCCCAUGGUCGCGCAAUCUCAUGGAUUGGUUGAGGUUGGACAUCAACAUCGAUGGAUGCCAGCUCUAGUAGGUUAAGCGUUUCCACGCGAGACUGAAGGCUCCGGGUCCGAAUCCCGCUAGUGGGAUCGUGGACGCGCAUUGCUGAGGAGUCCCGCAGUAGGAUGAAACGGCCGUUCAGUGCUUCCAGGUUUUCAAUGGUGGUCUAACAUCGAUCGGCUAAUUUCAAUCAAUAUAAAUUUAAACGGAGCAAGAGUAAUAAACCAGAGAAUAAAAUCAAUUCAUCAGUCUAUUUCACGGUUUCUCAUCAGCUAUAGAAAACUUAAAACUAAUAGCAUCUAUGAAUUCACAUAUACCUGAGAUAGCAAGGGCCUCCACACAUAAAUAAGAAAGUAGUUUCCAUAGAUAUAGAGAGUUCACACAAAGUUUUCUGAACACAUUCCUAGAAAUCUACGAUUGGAAGGGAGUAAAGUUUUUAUAAGUGCGAUUGCUAGCCACGUUUUGGAUAGUAGACUUGAGGUAGAUGUAAGUAAAACAUUUAAAAUAAUUAACAGACAAAAAACAUUAGUUUUACUCCGUUUGACAGAGGCAAUCGCUAUCAGGCGUUCACGACGUCAUCUAUUUAUGCAGAAAGAAAGUUUGGUUGGCCUUUCCCUGACACGGUGAUUAGGGGUUUAUCCAAUAGUCUUUAUUAAUUCUAAUUUUUGAUAUUUUUGUGACUGUCCCCAACUUUUUAUUUCAUUUUCUUAUAAUCAUAUUGAUGUUUAUAUAUUUGUAUAUUUUGUCAUGUUGAAAGAUUACCCAACCUCUAAUUAAUUUCAUUACCGUUACAUAAUAUCUUUUAUCUUCAUGGUGAUUGCUAGUACCUAUAACAUCUAUUCUACUGUACUUACUUAUGCCUGUUACUCCUCGUGGAAGAGCAUAGGCCGCCCACCAACACUCUCCAUCCAAUCCUGUCCUGGGCAACCCUUUCCAGUUGUUAUUCAUCCUUUCCAUAUCUGAUUCUAUCUCCCAACGUAAUGUGUUCUCUGGCCUUCCUCUUUUCCUCUUCCCUUCAGAAUUCCAGGUUGGGGUUUGCCUCGUGAUGCAGUUUAAUGAUUUCCGUAAUGUAUGUCCUAUCCACUUCCAACAUCUUUUCCUAAUUUCCUCUUCAGCUGGAAGCUGGUUUGUUCUCUCCCACACUAGGUUGUUGCUGAUGGUAUACGGUCAAUGGAUGUUGAUUAUCUUGCGUAGACAACUAUUUAUAAAUACUUGCACCUUUUUGAUGAUGGUUGUAGUAGUUCUCCAAGUUUCAGCUCCCUACAGUAGGACUGUCUUGACGUUCGCAUUGAAGAUUCUGACUUUGAUAUUUUUUGACAGUUCUUUGGAGUUCCAUAUGUUCUCCAGUUGUGGGAAUACUGACCCUACUUUGCCAUUUUUGAGGAUGGUAAUUGUAAUAAUAACAAUAGUCCACAAUAUGGUUUAUCGUCAAUGUUUUAAUUUAAUCGAUGAGUGACAAGUUUUUUUUUUUUUUGAUAUCAAUCUCUGAUUAACCUAACCUCCAAAUACUAGUCAGUUUUUUCUUCUGCCUGAAUUCUAAUCGUAUAGUAAAAAUCCAAUGGGAGUGUUAUAAUAUUUUCUCUCAUCCAUUCAACAGUUAAUCUCAAAAUAAACUCAUAAUUAGAAUCUAUUCUAUUUAUAGUUGGAAUAUAUUCUCAUUAUGAUGAAACCCUAACCAUUUUCUAUUAAACAUACCAUGGGACAGUAUAGUAAAAUGAUUGUCUGUCUCCUUAACUCCGUCUGGAGCCCCUCUAGGGCUACUGCCAGUUAUAACCUCGAAUAAAGGAGAAGGGUUGGGCAUAGGGUUAGCGAUCCCAUCUCGUAGGAAACUAACUCGCUAACCAGAAAAAACUCUAUCUCUUUCUAAAACUUUGUCACAAAUUAUGGUAAUUUUUUUCAAAUUUCACUAAUGCUAUUAAUUCUUGUAAUUAUAUGAAGAAUGCAUUCUUAUCAUGUAUAAUGGUUAGUAUGACUUUUGUGAUACAUUAUUGAUUUUCUCAAAUAAUU